CUUCAUUCUUGACAGCAUCAUCCCCUGCCGUCCCCCAAACAGGAAUCUCGCUAUCCUUCUUCGUCCUCUAUCUAUGACAGCUCAACUCUCGCCCUACGUACUCUGGAUCAUGAUUGAAUAACACGUGCUUGUACUUUGAUCAACAUUCCUCACAUCUGCAUACUAUUCCUCAGACGUUCUUGGCAUCAUCGACGUACUUGGCAUCAUCGACGUACUUGGCACUGUACUAGUUAAUCGAUCCUGGUACUACUAUUUAAAGCUCCACCUGGCGAAGUAGGGGACAGCACAGCAUGCCCAGCCUUUCGCUGAUCAAUUUCAACAUCGUUUGCGCCACCCUGGGGGGCUUCAUCUCGGUGUUCGGACUAGUAUCUUACUUGUUCAAGGAGCGAUUCUACUUGUCCGAAGCAUUGAUUUCCCUCCUGGCGGGGGUCAUCUUCUCCCCGCAUGCUGCCAAUUUCAUACGGCCUCACGAGUAUGCGCUAGGCUCCGAGCAGAACCUAGAAGAAAUCACGUUGUAUUUCACGCGGCUCGUUCUGGGAGUGCAGUUGGUUCUUGCCGGUGUACAGCUCCCCAAACGCUAUCUCCAAAUAGAAUGGCGGAGUCUAUCGCUUCUCCUGGGGCCUGGGAUGGCGGCCAUGUGGAUCUGCAGUAGCUUGCUUAUUUGGGCGAUGAUCCCGAACUUCGAGUUCGUCCAUGCUCUUGUGGUCGGGGCAUGCGUUACCCCCACGGACCCGGUGCUUUCGAACUCCAUCGUCAAAGGGAAGUUUGCCGACAAAAAUGUCCCGCGCUCCUUACAGCGGAUCAUUAUUGCCGAAUCCGGUGCCAACGAUGGUCUUGGAUAUCCUUUCCUCUUCUUUGGUCUCUAUCUUCUCCAGUACGUGGGCAUGGGGAGCGAAGGCCAGAGUGGGGGUGCCGGAAAAGCCAUGGGGCUGUGGUUUUACGAGACUUGGGUCUACACUGUUCUAUUGAGCGUUGUCUACGGAGCCACUGUCGGCUGGAUUUCCCGCGAACUGCUUCAUUGGGCGGAGGAGAAGCGGUAUGUUGACCGUGAGAGUUUCCUUGUUUUUGCAAUCGCACUUUCGCUUUUCAUCUUGGGAACCUGCGGCAUGAUUGGGACUGACGACCUGCUUGCAUGCUUUGUGGCUGGCAAUGUUUUCACUCAAGAUGAUUGGUUCCGUCUGGAGACGAUGGAUGAUUCGCUGCAGCCGACCAUUGAUAUGCUGCUGAACUUGGCAGUCUUCAUGUGGUUCGGCGCCGUCUGUCCGUGGUCCUCGUUUCUCAACAACGAGAUCAUUCCCAUAUAUCGCCUGAUCUUCUUAGGGAUCUUGAUCCUACUCGUUCGCCGGAUGCCCGUCAUCUUGGCAAUGCAUAAGCAUAUCAACCAGAUUGAGAAUCUUUUCCAGGCCGCCUUUGUCGGUUUCUUUGGCCCUAUUGGAGUAGGUGCUGUCUUCUACUUAUCCAUAAGUCGAGAAUAUCUGCGUCAAAUUACCACAUCAGACGGGCAGAUGCGCGAGGACGCCCAACGAGUCUCGGAAGCGAUCGAUGUAGUUGUGUGGUUUCUGGUCAUCUGCAGUAUUGUUGUCCAUGGGCUGUCAAUUCCCUUGGUGAAGGCAGGGUACCAUAUUCCUCGGACUAUUUCCCAUGUACUCAGCAAUACUACAACGAUCGAGGUUGAGCCCGUCUCGAUUGCAAAUGUUCAGCAUACCCACAGUACUGCUACCCAGGACUCCAAUUCUGCCAACAACCGAGGGCGUAAACGCCCUUCUUCGCAGGCACCGCCGUCAACCAUUCUUCAAAUUGGCCGAUCUAUCAUAAGGCCUCGUUCGACGGAUCAGCCACCGCUAGGUACUGGUCAUGCCGAAGAGCCCGAGCGGCCGGUCAGACUCGUGGUCACCGGGACAAGCCUCCUGGAUACAGGGAAGGGGCAGUCCCCGGUGGACCUAGGAAGCUCGUGAUUUUCGAAUCUUGGGGAUCUGGCCUUGAAGAUUUCCAGUUGCAACCGAACUAACAUACAAUCCCAUGGACCGGUGGAAGGGAUUGACGGGGUCCCUAGCAGAACUGGGAGUUCCUAAGAAUGCGGGCUUGCCAGGAACUACGGAGUACGGGAUCUACUAGAGUUCUCCACAGACUGUCAGAGGAAGGAAUAUUCAGCCUGGUAUCUUGUUGGACAAUUUGCCUACGUAUAAGGCCUUUAUGCCAGAAUUAGGUCCUGGAAGUAGACACCUAAGGACGGACAAGGACGUAUUUGGCCUGGGUACGAACUACCGGGGAAUCAGAAGUAGCAAGGUAGCAGAUAAAUAAGAUUUUCGGAUUUUU